UCCACAACUACUGAUGCUAUCGGGUUUGGGCCACAAACAACAUUUGCAAAGUCUGGGAAUACCUGUAGUUAUUGAUCUACCGGUUGGUGACAAUUAUCAAAAUCAACCAGCUGUCUCAAUUACUGUACCAAUAAAAGCGCAAUAUAGUACCCAAUCGUUUAACCCGCAAUUAAAUGUGCAGCAAUUGAACAUGCUAUAUUAUAACUACACCAACUAUUUAGCGGUCAAUCCAGAUGUUACGCUAUAUCACAGCACGCGCACCAAUCGUGACAAACAAUGGCCAAACAUCAUGACCAUCAUGAUUCCCAUAUCCGACUUAUUCACACCCAUAGGGUGUCCGACGUGUCCCGGAAAGUAUGCCUAUCAAUGUCUGGAGGGUUUACAGUGUUAUAUGCGGUAUAAAAGUGAGACUUCAGGCCAUCCGGGAGGUAGUUGUCGUAUGGGAGCCAUAGAGAGGCCAGACGUUGUGGUCGACCCUCUGUUAAGGGUUAAGGGUAUUAAUAGACUCCGUGUAUGCGAUUCGUCCGUAUUUCCAGUGGUGCCGAACACCGCCACCGCUUCGGCCGCCUUAACAAAACGUAAAAGCACCAUGCAAAUUUCAUUUAAUCAUCCGCAUUCAUUGACACAUUGGCGGCCACAUGUCCGCCAUCAGACACUAGACUGGUUCCCGUCACAAACGACGACUCGUCUGACGCCAGGUAUAGGAUAUUGCGGGCGAUGUCGAGUCCCUCUCCCGCCCUCCCGACCGGGUAUUUGCUGCCAAACAUGUCGUACACCUGAUUGGCCACCUCUUUGGACGCCCCCUGAGCCUCGAGUACGUUCGUGCGGAUCACUCCCGGACUUUACGUGUACAAUCAAAGCCAUACUUAACAUGUCCACAGUUUCGGUCACUAAACGUUGUAAAUCUUCCUCUUUGGUCACGUCUGCCAACACUUGCAAUACGGCUGAAACACCGGUCGGCGACACAUCUAUGCACUGUUUGGCCACUUCGGCCACUUUGUCGCCAUUACGUCCGGUCACCACUACUUUGGCGCCCGAUUUGGCGAACAGUACGGCUGUGGCGGCGCCGAUGCCUGAGCUCGAGCCCGUCACCAGCGCUACUCUACCACUGAAAUCAAACUUUAGGGACAUUUUGCGAGAUUUACUCAGAGAGAGAGAGACACAAAUCGACAUUUGGCUCAAACUCUUCGCUCGAUUCGCUUUAACCGUCGAUUCACACGAACUUAAUAAUAACUUAAUCAAAUGGUAUCGUAUAUUCAGUUAUUGGGCGGACAAUCAUAUCUCGGGUCCGAAACCUCUGCCAUAUUUUGGCAAUUCUUUAAGUCUUAUACUAAGACCGAAGCCAUUGGUUGAGUUGGAGUGGUAUAAGACUUACGGUCCAGUCUAUGGCAAAUAUAAUUGUGGAAAACCGGAGCUAUCAGUGGCGGACCCGGCGCUCAUCAAACAGAUUAUGGUAAAAGACUUUCACAAAUUCCAUAACAGAGGCGUCACUCGAGUGGACGAAGGGAUGAACACAAACCUCUUCAGCUCCAGAGACGAGCACUGGAAGCGGAUCCGAGCCAUAGCCAGUCCCACAUUCACGUCAAGCAAACUCAAAGACAUGUAUCCAGUGGUCAACGAGUGUUGCCGACACUUCUUGGCCGCACUCGACAGAGACGUGUCCACCGGUCGGACGGAAGUGGAGUUAAAGGCAUUGAUGGCCGCCUACACCAUAGACGUGAUGGGCAGUUGUGUCUUCUCCGCUCACACCGACUCCUAUACCGAUCCAAACAAUCCGUUCACUACUAAAACAAAUUGGAUUUUGAAAAAUUUUAGCAAUUUAUCGACCGAUAUAUUGACUAACAUUUUACCGACUUUUGUGACUAAAUGGUUGGCGACCAACAGCUUAUCAAAUAUGAUGUUUUUCAUGCACCUGUCCGGGCGUUUGGUGUCUGAGCGCAAACAUGCGGUCAACAAACCACACGAUUUGUUACAAUAUGAAGAGAGAGAGGACACGACGACUACGGUUGAGGACUCUGUGGCCGCCGAUGCUAUGAUUGGACACCACUUGAAGGCAGGCGUCGACGAACUGAUGGCAGAGAAGCGGGCGUUGAGUGGAGUCGUGGCCAAGAAGUUGACCGAAGAGGAAGUGAUCGCUCAGUCCGUACUGUUUUUCUUCGGCGGCGUUGAGUCGACGGCCAGUACUCUGUCGUUCUGUACGUAUGAAUUGGCACUCAAUCCCGAUAUUCAAGACGAGUUGGUGGCGGAGACCAGUGAGGCGUUCAAUGAAGACACGGGUGACAUAGACUACGACACCGUUUCCCGACUCCCACUACUCGAUGCCGUUAUAUCGGAAACUCUUCGCAAAUACCCGCCGGGCGUUAAUCCCAUGCGUGAGACCGCGGAGGACGUGAUGCUCACAACACCCAACGGAUCAGCGUUUAUGAUCAAAAAGGGAGUCAACAUAGAUAUACCGGUGUAUGCCAUACAUCACUCGCCCGACAACUAUCCCGAUCCCGAGGCCUUCAAACCCGACCGCUUUUUGCCCCAAAAUCGUCAUCACAUCAAACCCUAUACAUACCUGCCAUUCGGCGCCGGACCCCGUCAUUGCAUUGGUAUGCGUUUUGGUUUGCUUGAGAUCAAACUAGCCAUGGUCAAAUUGCUGCGACAGUUCCGUUUCUAUGGGUUGCCCACCACUGAUGCGCCCGUUGUGUUCAGUAAGGGUCGAGUGUUUUUACACUCCGAUAGGCUUCGAGUGGGAGUCGCGAAGCGU